CAUGGAGAACAGUGGAGACUCAGUGGAUUCAAAAUCCAUUAAAAAUUCAGAAACAAAGAUCUUCCAUGGAAGCAAAUCAAUGGACUCCGGAAUAUCCUUGGAUAGUUGUUACAAAAUGGACUAUCCUGAGAUGGGUUUAUGUAUAAUAAUUAAUAAUAAGAACUUUCAUUCAAGUACUAAAAUGGCACCUCGGUCUGGUACAGAUGUAGAUGCAGCAAAGGUCAUGGAAACAUUCAGGAACCUGAAAUAUGAAGUCAGGAAUAAAAAUGAUCUUACACGUGAAGAAAUUAUGGGACUAAUGCGCAGUGUCUCUGAAGAAGAUCAUAGCAAAAGGAGCAGUUUUAUCUGCGUGCUUCUAAGCCAUGGUGAGGAAGGCGUUAUUUAUGGAACAGAUGGACCUGUUGACCUGAAAAAUUUAACAACUUUCUUCAGAGGGGAUAAUUGCAGAAGUCUAGCUGGAAAGCCCAAACUUUUUAUUAUUCAGGCCUGCAGAGGUACAGAUUUGGACUGUGGCAUUGAGACAGACAGUGCUUUCGACGAUGACAUGACAUGCCAGAAGAUACCAGUUGAGGCAGACUUCUUAUAUGCAUAUUCCACAGCACCAGGUUACUAUUCCUGGCGAAAUUCAAAGGACGGAUCCUGGUUCAUCCAGUCACUCUGUGCUAUGCUGAAUCAGUAUGCUCACAAGCUUGAACUCAUGCACAUCCUCACUCGGGUUAACCGGAAGGUAGCAACAGAAUUUGAGUCCUGUUCACCUGACCCUGCUUUCCAUGCCAAGAAGCAGAUUCCAUGCAUUGUGUCCAUGCUCACAAAGGAACUGUAUUUUAGUCACUGAAGAAGUGUUUGGUU